UUUUUGUUUUGCCUACAAGAAGGGAAGGCAGAUAGUAAGUAGAUGCUUUCUCUUCUUUACCCUCUAGAAGAGCUCUGCUGAUCCCACUUCUGCUCCAUCAGAGACAAUCAGAAAUUCCUAGCCCUGGCACAGUUUUCCCCAAUGCUCGCUAACAAGUCAUGUAUGAUAUAAUGCUUGAUUAAUGCACCGUUCUAGAUGGUGUAUUAGAUGUUUUACGUGUUCCCUUUCUGCCAUGCAGAGUCAUUCUGACCAUCUUUCUCCUCUAUGUCCAGAAGGCCCAGGAAUCACUGCUUAGACACUGUCCACGUUUUCCCACCUGCCACAAACUAACCAACAGUCUCAAACAUGAAGUGCAGGACUCUACCUUCAGAUGGACCCUGGGGGCUGGCUAACAUGGAAAUUGAGAUUUUUUUUAUUUUGCUUCAAGGUCUGACAGACAGGUCUACUGGUAAAAUGGCAUCCUUCAGUGUUUUCUGGAGUUUUCAGACGGGCUCUGUCGUGCUGGGAAAUUUUCCUUUCCAGGAGGUAUGGCUGAGAGAGCUUUCCUGGGGUGCAAGUGCCUUUGAUUCUACAUCAAGAGAUGUUUUUCUUCUCUGUAGGGAGUUCUGUGGACAAGGUAAUGCAGUCCUAAGCUGUUACUCUUUUUCCUAGACCAUGUCCAUGAGUGCAGAAUAAUAAGGUAUUUUUCCCUGGCCUUGAAGGGACAAGCAGCAGACUGUCUCUGCCACAUGCAUGCCAGUAUUAUUUUUUGAACAUUAUCCACUGAAAACAUUGAACAUUAUCCACUGAAAACAACCCACUGUUAUAAUCUGAUGUUUCUGUCACUGAAGGGGAUACAGGACUUCUGUCAAUGAGCUCUGACAGGGAUCCUCAUUAGCCUAAUUUGGUUUAAUAAAUGUUACCUCUGUUUGGUUUUAUCAGAUGUUAAACUGAUUUCAUCACAUAUUAAAAUAUUUUCUUUUUCCAGUUCUGCACAGUCAUCUUAAAUCCAGUCAUGUCUUGGUGGUUUUCCUCAUGAUAUGCAGGAAAUGUUCAUGUUCUGAACUGAAUUCUGAACUUGUGUAUUUACCUGCCCUCUGUGGCUGUGACAAAGCCCAGGAAAGGCAGACUGCUUCUCCCUAUUUCAGGGUUUUUUCUCUCACAUUUGAUGGAAUCAUUUUGUUCUUGAAGAUGUGAUAUUUUUUCUUUUGGACGUGCUUGAUGCAAGUUAAACCACUUACUGGCUAUUUCUGUUCAAAUUAGUGCUGUUUUUGUCGGAAGAGGAGACUGUCUAGGACUACCAAAGUCUACUUCCAAAUUCUGGGGGAUUUUGUACUGACAAAACACCCAACGUGAUCCUAUGACAAUUCCUAGCUGUUUUCAUCCGAGAGAGGAGAACUGAGCCAUUGAGUCUUAUGCUGGUACUGCAAUGCUGAGCUCUAGCUCGACCACUGUGAAGAAUCUUCCUGUGAAGAAGAGGCUCUAUUUUCUGCUGAAACUUGUGGGCUUUGUCAGCUCAGUGUUCAUAUUUUGUGAAUUUUUAAUUUAUUAUGUGGUAAUUUUUCAAUGCCGAUGGCCAGAAGUGAAAGGUGGAGCUCCAAUGGGUGAAAAAGAGACUUCAGCUUCAGUCCUAAAGGCCAUGAUUUUAGCUGAUACUCAUCUACUUGGUGAAAUCAAAGGACAUUGGUUCGAUAAGCUAAGAAGGGAAUGGCAAAUGGAGAGAUCUUUCCAGACUGCCUUAUGGUUACUGCAACCAGAUAUUGUUUUUAUUCUGGGAGAUGUCUUUGAUGAAGGAAAAUGGAGCUCACCUCAGGCAUGGGCAGAUGAUGUCAGGAGAUUUCGGAAAAUGUUCAAGUAUCCAGUUUCUACUGAGCUAGUGGUCAUCGUUGGGAAUCAUGACAUUGGAUUUCAUUACGAAAUGACUACUUACAAGGUAAAUCGAUUUGAAAAGGUUUUCAACUUGACUUCAGGAAAGCUAAUAACACGGAAAGGAGUAAACUUUGUCCUGGUGAACAGUGUAGCCAUGGAGGGUGAUGGCUGUGCCGUCUGCAGUACCUCAGAGGCAAAGCUUGUGGCGCUUUCUCACAAACUGAAUUGCUCCCUGCAGGAACCAGAUCAUUCCAACAAAAGAUGCAGUGGUGUGGAAAAGCUCCCAGCUUCAGAACCCAUCCUUUUACAGCAUUACCCUCUCUAUCGGAAAAGUGAUGCUGAAUGCAGUGGAGAAGAUUCUGCUCCUCCAGAGGAGAAGAACACCCCCUUUAAAGAAAAGUAUGAUGUACUGUCUCAAGAGGCAUCACAAAAGCUGAUAUGGUGGUUUCAUCCCCGUUUGAUUCUCAGUGGGCACACACACAGUGCUUGUGAAGUGCUGCAUGCAGGGAAAAUUCCAGAAAUCAGCGUCCCGUCAUUCAGCUGGAGGAAUAGAAACAAUCCUAGUUUCAUCAUGGGCAGCAUAACACCAACUGACUUCUCCCUCCAAAAAUGCUUCCUUCCAUAUGAGAGCAGAGUCUUUACUAUAUACUGUGCAGCAGGUGCUCUGUUUGUGAUCCUGAUACUAGCUCAUGUUCAGCUUCUCACUCCACCGUUUUAUUUUGCUCAGCGUUUAAUCAGUAAGCAUAAAGCAGUAUGAAGAGCCAGACAUCUGCAUUCAGUCACUGAAAUACCAAAGCUGAGAACAGUCAAACAUCAGACUAUAUUCAUGCCAGCAAAUGACCUAAUUUGAUUGCUAGUCUGAAGGCAGGUUGCAUUUACACAUACCAUAGAAGUCCUAUACAGCUGAUAUGACUACUACAGGAUAAAUAAUCAACUGAAAUGAACGUUUCAUGCUGUACAAAAAUACUGUAUUCGACAAUCAAAUGAGUCCUUUUCCUGCUAUAAUUUUUGUAUCAAAUAUGUAUAUUAAAAGUGUAACUGUACAUUAUGUAAAUCCUAUAGCCUCAUCACUUGUCUGCACUAGUGUCUUACCCUGGUGGAGGCUGAAUCCUGCAAACUGGAAACGUUUCUCUGUUUUAUUGCUGCAUGGCCCUUCUAAUGUCACGCUUGAGUUCUAGGGUCAGGCAGAAACUAGACGCAUCAGCACUGAGAGAUGCGGAUUUCCAUAACCUUUUUAGGGUGUCAUAUGUAAGGGGACUGUGGUUUGGGACAAGAGAUCUUCUGGUUCCUGACACAGUAAAUUGUUAGCUGACUGUAAUUUGCAGUUAUCGUCUACCAGACAACAAAGGGGAAGAAGCUCGUGGAUCCAGUUUGCUGAUACACACUUAAAACCUGCUUAAAAAAAAUUAGGGUGACACCUCAAGCUGCUAUUUUCAAAGAGAUGUGCUAUGAUCAGCUUAAAAAAAGAGGGCCCUAUUGCAUCCCAGAGAUCUGUGUGGUGAGGGGCCCUCCAGUUGCCGAUCUCCUGUGAGAAGGGAGGUCAAAUACAGCUGCAGUAACAUUAUCCUAUGCCUCAGCCCUCAGUCUGCGGACAGAUAGGGAUAGGAGUGCGCGUUAUUUUAGAUUCCUGCAGGGCACCAAGUCCUGUCAACUUUGUUGUAAAUGUCACAUUUGGAACUGCACGAGAGGCCGAGGCCACCAGCUGUGCCACAGGCCCCAGCCCGGGGGGGCAGCAUGGAGAAGAUAAAAUCUGAGCUCAGUGUCUUCACUGUGUGAAGGAAGGUGGACAAACCUACUGCUGCUCCCCACCCGCCCUGGAAGAAACAGAGGGACUAUUUCACACCAGAACCAGUUUUCCUGCUGAUGUUCCUGCAGAGGCUGGGAGCUGUAACCUGAACUCCAGGGCUGAGGAUAGUUUUAAAAAAAGACUUAUCUUUUGUUAUUCACUCUAUUACUUUCUUUGGCAUGGGAAAGAAGUGAGAGAAUUUUGGGAAUUUCGUUUACUAUUAGCUUUUUCCACCCAGCCUUUCACUUUUUGGGAAAUAUAACUAAAUUGAACAUAACGCAUUUCUGGGAAGAGGAAAUGGUCAUAUUAUAAUAUCUAAAAUGAGACUGUCUUAUAUUCAACUAGAAACAAGUUCUCAACUGGUCUGUAGUCUGAAUUUAAAAAGAGGUCUGAUUGGGGUUUAUAACUAAUAAUGAUACUUACAGUAAAAAGUUAAUAAAACCUACUAAUUUUUAUGCCAGUGUGGGGACUGUGUUAGCUCUUAAUCUCUCCCUAAAUUUAAAAUGGAGUGGGGAAAAUGGUCCAAAGUGUGGUAAAACACUCUUAAAAGUAAUGUAGUCUAACACUUCUCUAGGUUUCUGUUAUUGCAACUGUAAUUUUAGACAUUUGUACAGGUUAUCUUGGACACAGGAAAAGUAUAUAGUCACAGACAUAAAACACCUAUGUAUAAAAUAUAAAGCAGUGUUAUAGUUACUAAAAAGGACAUGCCUUAUUGCUACAGCAAUUCUUGCUUUUUAUAUAUUGUACUGUACCACAACUUGUUUUGAGAAUGUCAUUUGCAUAAAUUAUUCAAGUUUGAGAAAUAUUCACACAUUUUGAUUCUACAAUAUUUAAAAUAAAACAAUUUUCUAAUGUG